AUGGAUUAUGUCCGUAAGUAGAGGUUCCACUGUAUAUCAAUACCAAAUUACAAUGCCAAUUCAAAUACAAAUCAAUAACAUAACCAAUUAUAAAAUUUAAGUGGCCCCCUGCAUGCUGUACUUCAAGGUCUACUAAUUCCCUUUAAUUCUGCUUCCAAACUAUUACUCAAUCCAAUUACAAUCCAAUCUUGAUAAAAUCCCUUAUAUCACAGUUACAAUGAUUUAACUUCAAUUUGUAUUAACACAUUUAGUAAUAUAUAAGUUCGCUAGUGAAGUUAUCCUUUCUUCUUCCUGUGUCAGGUAUUAAUCUUAAUCAAUUGUUCUUUUAUGUCUUUGUAAAUAUUAUGCCCAUCUUGGUUGUUCCUGGUCUCCUUCGUGCCUUAUGGCGCUGUUGACUCUGUGUCACUCUAAAGAGAUCACUCCUCUUUCGUUCUCUAGGCCCUCUGAUUGCAGCCUUAAAAUUCCAUCGCCAUUACUUUCAGUCCGGGGGGGGGGAUUUCCCUGGCGCCCUGCCUUAGCCCUGGCAAGCUUCCAAGCUCUCCCUUCUCUGUCCAACUGAAGAAAUUAGCUAAAAUUACUCGUAGAAGAGUGAUCUGGUGCCCCGCCAAAGCCUUGGCAAGUCCUCAAAGUCCAAUCCGUCCUCCCCUCAGUCAGGGGAAAAAUAAGAAUUAACUCAGUAGAUUCCCAGUCUUUUAAAAAUUAUUCCAUACUGUUAUGUUUCCCUCACACAGUUCCAUUUGUCAUUGUAAUCCAUAUCUAUACUCCCAUCUCCCUUCAUCUUCACUUGCUAUAUGAGAAAAGAAUUGGGGGGGGGGCUUUCUUGGGGGCGUUGCUGAGUCUUUUAUGUAAGAAAGUAUUUAUAACGAAGCCAUUGGCUCCCCUCUGCAACACAUACCGUUUUUUAGAUCGAAUGAAGUCAUCAUUCGAAUUUAAAUCUGUACGACCUUGUAGCUACAGUCAUACCUCAUGUUACGUCCUCUUCAUGUUACGUUCUUUCAGCUUACGUCCUGCGGCGACCUGGAAGUACCGGAAAGGGUUACUUCCAGGUUUCGCCGCAUGCGCAGAAGCGCAAAAUGAUGUCAUGCACAGAAGCGGCGAAUCGCAACCCGCGUGUGCGCAGACGCGCCACUGUGGGUUGCACUCUUUUCAUGUUGUGAACGGGCCUCCAGAAAGGAACCCGUUCGCAACCAGAGGUACCACUGUAUUUCAAUUCAGCAAUCCUUAAUCUUGUCCCAUCAUUACCAGCACACCUCUGUGCAUUAAUCUGUGCAUUAAUCCUAAUUAAAUUAUUAAUGAACAGAAGAACUGCUCCUUCUUAAUGGCGCUGUUGGAGGAUUACCAACAGGUGAAGUGCUUUUUCAUUCAGCGCCUCCCUGCCUCCCGCAUUCCAUGUCAGAGCGAAAGCCAGGUACCGAGAUGAUCUGCGAGUGAAACUCCCCCCAGGGUUGGGGGAGUUUACAAAGAUAAUUACCCUCAGUCAUCUUUGUUUAUUCCUUCGCCACCAAUCUCCCGUUGUUGUGGAAGCUGCACCAUUGAGGCAACUGGAACCGGAAGCUGCAAUAACUACUUGGAUUCUUGAGAGUUUAAAAAGCCCAGGAAAAGAAAAACAUUUUGCCCGAUACUGAAAAGUGUACCCCCCCCCAAAAAAGAGAUACCCAUUCCCUGAUGGAAGAUAAUCUCAGUGUCUGGCUUGGGACAUAUGGGAGGAGGCAGUCCCAGGCUGUUUAGGACUUUACAAGUCAGCAUCAGCACCUGGAACUGGGUCUGGAAACUGACUGGAAGCCAAUGCAGAUGACAGCACUAUCAUAAUAUGCUAAGGACGCAGGUGGCACUGUGGUCUAAACCGCUGAGUCUGAGCUCCCGUUGCUCUGUCCCAGCUCCUGCCAACCUAGCAGUUCGAAAGCAUGCCAGUGCAACUAGAUAAAUAGGUACCGCUGUGGCAGGAAGGUAAAUGGCGUUUCUGUGCACUCUGGCUUCCAUCACAGUGUCCUGUUGCGCCAGAAGCAGUUUAGUCCUGCUGGCCACAUGACCCAGAAAUCUGUUUGUGGACAAACGCCAGCUCCCUCGGCCUGAAAGCGAGAUGAGCACUGCAAUCCCAUAGUCACCUUUGACCAGACUUAACCGCCCAGGGGUCCUUUACCUUUAGCUAAUAUGGUUAGAUGGGCCAGCCCCAGUUAACAGUCUUACAACCCUAUUCUGGACAAGCUGAAGUUUGUGGCCUGUUUUCAAAGGCAGAACCACAAAUGCUGCAUUGAAUUUGUCCAAAGGGUAGAUUACCAGAACGUGGAUAACCAAAGCAGAUAAAUCCAUGUAGAUAGGAUUGCAGUUGGCAAAUCAGAAAAAAGCUGAUAAAAGGUAUUCCAGGCCAGGCUUAGAUGUUUUUGACUUCCAAUACAGUGGCACCUCGGGUUAAGUACUUAAUUCGUUCCGGAGGUCCGUUCUUAACCUGAAACUGCUCUUAACCUGAAGCACCACUUUAGCUAAUGGGGCCUCCCGCUGCCACCGCACCGCCGGAGCACGAUUUCUGUUCUCAUCCUGAAGCAAAGUUCUUAACCUGAAGCACUAUUUCUGGGUUAGCGGAGUCUGUAACCUGAAGCGUAUGUAACCUGAGAUACCACUGUAUUACAUUCUAUUAUCUUGCUGCAUAGCUGUUUGUGGCCAUUGUUUUCCCCCUGUUUUGUUACUAUAACGGUUCUUUCAUAUGCCAUACAGUGCACAUCAUGAAUAUUCACAGCCCAAUCCUAUGCAAAAUGGGGGAUAACAAGGGCUGUUGGAAUCAGCAGGCCUAACUCUCCAUAGGGUAGAGCAGAUGGCCUUCAAUAAAUGUCUCUGGUCUACAGAAUGUGGCUUGUGGCAUAUUCUGCAGCGUGUGGGGCUUACAGGUGAGUAGGCCUGCACAGGGUUAGACUGCUCAUUUCGUUGCAGAACUUGCAGUGAAAUGAACAGCCUAAUCCUAUGCAUGCUUCUCACAUGUAAGUCCCACUCAGAUCAGUUGGACCUGCUUCUGAAUAAACAAGCUUAGGAUCAGGCUGAGUGUUUCUGAAUUCUCAGUGAUUCUGAUAAUGCAUUCAAAAGGAGUAUAUUUGCAUAGUGAGCUUAUAUAUCAUAUGGUGUUUUCCAGAUUCCCCCCCACCCCCAUUGCAAAUAGAAUCCAAUUUACGAAGGAACAUUAACAUUUCAAGUGUUAGAACACCAAUGAACGUUACAGUAGAAAUGCCAAAGGAAAUAUUUCUGAUGAGAGAUCAUCCUUCAUUAUUCCGAUCCUGCGAGACUGGGUAGUAUGUAUUAAUACUAGAUUGUGUAUGUAUAUUUUGUACUGUUUAAAUGAGAACAGAACUGAGGCAUAAUUCAGUUUCUGUCAUAAUUCAUUUUUGUUAAUACAAUUUGAGACAGUGUUGACAAGAGGCACAGUCCAGAAAGGAAAUUGAUGUUUUAAAUUAGAAAGCAGAGGCAUGAUAUUCCCAAAGCCAGGAAUUUUUAAAUCCUGCUGCUGUGAAUGCGAGAGAUUUAAACAUGAACUUCAUGUAUAAUUAACUAAUGAAAUUUGCUGCUACAAGAUGUGGCGGCCCAUCGCUCAGACAGCUUUAAAAGGGAAUUAGAUAAAUUUGUGAAUGGUAAAUUUAUCUAAUCCUUAAUGGACCCGCCUUGUUCAGAGUCUGGAUACCUUUGAAUGCCAGUUUGUUGUUGUUUAGUUGAUUAGUCAUGUCCGACUCUUCGUGACCCCAUGGACCAGAAUGCCCGUUAGUGAGGGACAAACAGCAGGAGGGGGGCUGUUGCCAUUAUGCCUUCUCAAAUAUAUCUGAAUUGUCUGUGCUGGAAACAAGAUGUAAGAUUGGACAGCCUGAUCCAGCAGGGCUGUUUCUCAUAUAAUAGCUCCUGUUGAAAUUGGGGUGUAAGAAUAUAAGCUUAAUAGACAUUCUCUUGUAUAAUAAAUGUUUUCCCUUUUCUAGGUAUUUUUGGUAUGCCGGAAAAACUUUCUGGAGGCAACACAGCGCAAGACAUGAUGCCAUUGAUGACCUCUGAUGAGGGCCCUAAACAAAGGAACUGGGGCUUACUGGUCACCGGCGUUAUUGGUGGGACAUUAGUGGCCCUGUACUCUGUUGCCACGCCAUUUAUUGCCCCUGCGCUGAGGAGGCAUUGCCUGCCAUAUGUCCCUGCAACUUCAAAGCAGGUUGAAAAUGUCCUGAGGAUGCUAAAGGGCAGAAAUGGACCCCUGGUUGAUAUCGGUAGUGGUGAUGGGCGCAUUGUGAGUCAAAGUCAGGUUUUGUUCUUGUUGGAGCCAUUCUAGUGCAUGUUGACCUUUGUGGCACUGAGCUCAAAGUGUAUGAAGCUUUCAUACAGGGCUAGGACUGGGUGAGACGUAGGAACACAUGAAGCUGCUUUGACGGAUCCAUUGGCGCAUGCAGUCCUGUCUUGUUUGGUCUCACUGGCAGCAGCUCCCAGGCAGAGGUUUCUUUCCCAGUCCUGCUACCUAAAUCUUUUAAUUGGAGAUGUUUCCAGUUGACUUGCCAAUCAUGAGCAUUGCAUUUGAACUAUAAAGCACAUCAGUAGAGCUGCCAGCUGCCGUCCAGUGUCCCCUGCCACACACAUGGGCACUUUAAAAUCUGCUGCUAAGUCGGGUGUUGAAGCACCUCGACUUUUCCUGCCCUGUCCACCAUCCCAGGCAUUUUGCACACUCCCUGCUGCUCUAGCAGUUGGGACUCCACGUCCUAGGACAAAAGGACAAGAGGAAAAAUGAGAGGGAGGCAGAGUUUCUGUGACUUCUUAACUUCCUGGUUUAGGCUUCCAUUCUAACCCCAAGCCUGGCAGGGCUUUGCAGAGCGGUGCUGCUGCAGUCACAGGCUGGUUGCUGAGGGAUGAUGAUGGCUGGGCCUCGUCCCUGUGCCAGGUCCAGCCGGGCCCAGCAGUUGGGUUGAGAUCAGGCCUAAGCCAGUGAUGACUGUGAGACUAGCUUGAUAUAAUAAUAAUAAAUUAUACCCCGCCCAUCUGGGCGGCUUCCAGCAGAAUAUUAAAAUACAAUGAUUCAUCUAGUAUUAAAAGCUUCUUUAAACAGGGUUGCCCUCAGAUGUCUUCUAAAAGUCCGAUAGUUUAUUUCUUUGACAUCUGGUGGGAGGGCGUUCUACAGGGUGGGCACCACUACCAAGAAGGUCCUCUACCUGGUUUCCUGUAACUUCACUUCUCGCAGUGAUGGAACCCCCAGAAGGCCCUUGGCACUAGAUCUCAGUGUCCAGGCUGAACGAUGGGGGUGGAGACGCUCCUUCAGGUAUACUGGGCCGAGGCCAUUUAGGGCUUUAAAGGUCAGCACCAACACUUUGAAUUGUGCUUGGAAACGUACUGGGAGCCAAUGUAAGUCUUUCAGGACCUUUGUUAUAUGGUCUCGGUGGCUGCUCCCAGUCCCCAGUCAAGCUGCCACAUUCUGGAUUAGUUGUAGUUUCCAGGUCACCUUCAAAGGUAGCUCCAUGUAGAGCGCAUGGCAGUCAUGUAGAGCCAUGGAGAGCGCAUGACAGAGUAGUACCACUCGGGCGAGACAGUUCGCAGACAGGUAGGGUCUCAGCCUGCGUACCAGAUGGAGCUGGUAGACAGCCGCCCUGGACACAGAAUUGACCUGUGCCUUCAUGGACAGCUGUGAGUCCAAAAUGACUCCCAGGCUGCGCACCUGGUCCUUCAGGGGCACAGUUACCCCCGACAGGACCAGGGAGUCCUCCACACCAGCCCGCCCCCUGUCCCCCCAAAACAGUACUUCUGUCUUGUCGAGAGUCUACCUCAAUCUGUUAGCCGCCAUUCAUCCUCCAACCUCCUCCAGACACUCACACAGGACCUUCACCGCCUUCACUGAUUCCGAUUUCGAAAAGAGGUAGAUUCAUCAGAUCCUAGAGUGGUUCAGCCCUGCCUGCUCCCCCCCCCCCCGGAAUGCCUCAUUUGGAAGCUGGCAGGAGACCAUAGAAUAGAAUCAUAGAGUUGGAAGAGACCACAAGGGCCAUCGAGUCCAACCCCCUGCCAGCUCAUCUGGAAGAGCCCUGGAGGAAGGGUGGUUUGGAUUUCUCUGACCACCUCUCAGCAGGCAUGUGGGCAACGGGACCAAGGGUGGAGCAUGAUGGAAGAAGUUGCAGCUCUUGUCUUUUUAAACUAUUGCAGGAGAAAAUACAUUAUCAGGCAACCCUGAUAGAAGUGGCUCCAAACGAUUGCAUCACCUGCUUGUUAUGAACAAAUUGACAGAUUCCCAUUAAAGUGAAUAGCCAAAUCGAUUUAUUCAGAUAUUUUCAAGGCUGAGAUCUGCAAUUGAACAGAUAAUUGCUUCAACAAGAAAACAUUCCUUUUAUGAUUCCUGUCAUAUAUACAGAUGAAACUCGAAAAAUGAGAAUAUCUUGGAAAAGUUCAUUUAUUUCAGAAAUUCAACUUAAAAGGUGAAACUAAUAUAUGAGAUAGACUCAUGACAUGCAAAGUGAGGUGUGUCAAGCCUUUAUUUGUUAUAAUUGUGAUGAUUAUGGCGUACAGCUGAUGAAAACCCCAAAUUAACAAUCUCAGAAAAUUAGAAUAUUGUGAAAAGGUGCAGUAGCUAUUCAAUCCAUAACAUCUGCAAUGGGUUCAGUAGGAAGCACAAUCAUGGGGAAGGCUGCUGACCUGACAGUUGUGCAGAAAGCCAUCAUUGAGACCCUCCAUAAGGAGGGAAAGCCUCAAACGGUGAUUGCAGAAGAAGUUGGAUGUUCCCAAAGUGCUGUAUUGAAGCACAUUAAUGGAAAGUUAUGUGGAAGGGAAAAGUGUGGAAGAAAAAGGUGCACAAGCAGCAGGAAUGACCGCAGCCUGGAGAGGAUUGUCAGAAAAAGACCACUCAAACGUAUUGGGGACUUUCACAAGGAGUGGACUGAGGCUGGAGUUAGUGCAUCAAGAGCCACCACACACAGACGGAUCCUGGAGAUGGGCUUCAAAUGUUGUAUUCCUCUUGUCAAGCUGCUCCUGAACAAGAAACAACGUCAGAAGUGUCUUACCUGGGCUAAAGAAAAAAAGAACCGGUCUGUUGCUCAGUGGUCCCAAGUCCUCUUUUCUAAUGAGAGCAACUUUUGCAUCUCAUUUGGAAACCAAGGACCCAGAGUCUGGAGGAAUAGUGGGGAGGCACACAAUGCCAGAUGCUUGAAGUCUAGUGUGAAGUUUCCACAGUCUGUGCUGAUUUGGGGAGCCAUGUCAUCAGCUGGUGUUGGUCCACUGUGCUUCAUUAAGUCCAGGGUCAACACAGCCGUCUACCAGGAAAUUUCGGAGCACUUCAUGCUUCCUUCUGCAGAUGAGCUUUAUGGGGAUGCUGACUUCAUUUUCCAGCAGGACUUUGUCACUGCCCACACUGCCAAAAGUACCAAAACCUGGUUCAGUGCUCAUGGGAUUACUGUGCUUGAUUGGCCAGCAAACUCAUCUGACCUGUAUCCCAUAGAGAAUCUAUGGAGCAUUGCCAAGAGAAAGAUGAGAGACAUGAGACCGAGCAAUGCAGAAGAGCUGAAGGCUGCUAUUGAAGCAUCCUGGUCUUCCAUAACACCUCAGCAGUACCACAGGCUGUUACCAUCCAUGCCACGCCGCAUAGAGGCAGUAAUUGAUGCAAAAGGGGACCAAACCAAGUACAGAGUACAUAUGCUUGCUUCUACUUCUCAGAGGUCCAAUAUUGCUCUAUUUUGCAAUCCUUGUUUUGCUGAUUUCAUUUAAUACUCUAAUUUUCUGAGAUUGUUAAUUUGGGGUUUUCAUCAGCUUUACGCCAUAAUCAUCACAAUUAUAACAAAUAAAGGCUUGACAUAUCUCGCUUUGCAUGUCAUGAGUCUAUCUCAUGUGUUAGUUUCACCUUUUAAGUUGAAUUACUGAAAUAAAUGAACUUUUCCACGAUAUUCUAAUUUUUCAAGUUUCACCUGUACGUGCAAUAAAAAUUAAAUCCCAUUGAACUCUGUAUACACUGCUAUACAUGCCUAAGAUCCUGAUGUAUGUUUGCCUUAUUUAAAUUAUUUCUGUAUUUUCACAGAAUACCAAGUUCUAAUAUUCAGUGUCCCAAGGAAUCUGUUUAUUUUACUGAACAAAGACUGAUUUAUCUUUUUGCAGGUAAUAGCAGCUGCAAAAGUUGGAUUCAAAGCUGUUGGUUAUGAAUUAAAUCCUUGGCUCGUGUGGUAUUCCAGGUACUGUGCCUGGAGAGAAGGAGUUCAUCAGGAUACCAAAUUUUACAUUUCAGACUUAUGGAAGGUACGAGAACAUUUACAACUAUCAGCGAUGCUAGUGAAAUGGUCAGUUGCAAUAUUGAAUAUGGCUUUUAACUUUUAAAAAAAUGCUGCAUACUAAUAUUGAAAUUCCAAUGGGAAAUAAGAAUUGGAGCACACGUAUUAAAUUAAAUUAAAACCAGAGGCAAAAUGGCAAUUCUCCUUUCCCCCUUUCUUCAACCUUUUUGUUUGUGUCUGUCUUUGGGCCAAACUAGAGGCCGGAUAGCCCACCCAUUAGGCAAGGUGAGGCGACCAUCUUGGGCGGCAAGAUCCUCAGGAGCAGCAGAUCUGGUCUCCAAGGGAGGCAUCACCUGCUGCUGCUGCAUCCUCCUCCUCGGAUGCCAAAUCUGCCCCCUCCUUUUCAGCCACCUCCUCAGUGCCACCUCCACAGCGGCCUUUUGGCAAAUAGGCUGCGGAUCUCCUGCUACGCCUAGGGAGGAAAUGGCGGGGGCUGCCUUCUAGGGUCUUCUCAACUCUGCACCUGCACAGCGUGAUUCAGAGUGGGGCCCUUUCCCCCUGUGGCGGCCUUUGAUUCCCACCCAACCAUCAGAUCAGGUAAAUUUGAUUCUCCCCUCCUUGUUCCUGAUGUAGGUCUUCACUCACCCCUUCUUCCCUGAUGGUGAAGGGGGCACUCUUUUGUGGUUUGCCUCAGGCACCAAAAUGUCUUGGGCCGGCCCUGACUAGAGGUCAUAAGAGCGCGUGGGUCUUUAGGUCUGCCACCUCCCAACACCUGUCACAAUCUGGAUUUGCAGGGUGGGGUGGUUGCACUGUGCUGCUCUUUAGAUAGGACACAUAGAAGACUGGGUUUCUCUCUGGCUUUAUCUAUGUACAAGCCCACAUUCAUUCAGUGUGAAGUCGUGUCGCUUUCCCUUUUGUAAUGUCUACCAAAGACAUCCUUUCUCUCCUUUAACGCAACUAAACCUCUCUCUCUCUCCUAUAACUCUUUCAACACUCUCUGCUUGGUGUCUUCUCUCUUUCCUCUGUCUUGAAUUCAACUUCCCUAAUCUAUUUUGCUCAUCUUUAAUGGUCACAGAACUCCUUUUUUCUGUUCUCCUUGUAUUCUGUAAUCUUGUUUCGUUGUCCUUUUGAAGCCCAAAUGGCAAAAAGUUCUGUUUCUCUGGCUAAAAGUUAUUAUCUGAGCUGUGGGAACUGGAAGUUUUUGAAUGCUGUUAUCUUUUGUGUUUGUAACACUGGGAUUUCAUGGUGUUGUCUUGCUAUUUUAUUUAUUGUAGGCCACUUUGAGCUUUUGAGGAAAACAGCUAACAAACAUUUCAAAGGAAUUAAAUUAAUUUCCACUACUGAACCUCACCAUUUCUUCCUUGCUGCUCCCAGUUGUUUGAAUUCUUUAUCUCCUGGUUUUGAUCUGACUCUUUUCAUUGCUGUAUUUAAAUUAAUUGGCCAUCCCCAACCCAGAACCCACAAGUUGUUUUGGAAUACAAGUUCCAUCAGAGUUAGUGAAUAAGCAGGUUAUCUUUUCAGUGUUAAUCUGAUAUGUUCUCAUGAGAGUUAGUUGUUAGAUGGCAGUGACUUUAAAAGAAACAGGAGCUUUUCAGAGGGUGGUAGACUAAGCAGUUCCUCUCAUAUAAUAUCAUUAUGUUUGAAAUUCAUGAAAAUAUAAUGAAAGAGAAACAUAAAAAGACUGGAACAGGAAUCUUUAAUAUUGGACCAGCCUACCAAAUUAUUUAUUCCUUGUUAAAUAUUAGAAAUAUCUCUCUUCUUAAGAAACCUUAACCUAGAAAGUUUGUUCUUGAGUGUAAUAUGAUCAGUAUCCCAGCUUAGAGACCAAUCUGGGCUUCUUCCAAAGGAAGUAAAGCCUAGGAAGAACACACAAAAUGAAUUGUUUAGAAGAUAAGUUUAGAAAAUGAGACUUUCAUAUGCUUAUGCAGCAGAAAUUCAGAUAGGUGUUUUUUAGUGGCAGGCAAGUCAAAGUAGCAAAACUCAGCACCAGUUUCCUUCUGUCGUCCAUAUGUAGAAGCAGAGCAGGGAUCUCCACUGCAGUGCAGUGCUGCCAUUAGGCAGCUGGAGCAAAAUGUUUAAUUUAACUUAAAUACAGAUUUUCUGCUUCUUAGAGUGUAAAAGAAAGAACUAGAUGUACUUUUUCAUCACGUUACACACAUAUGGUCUGUACUAAGUAGACAGACAAACAGAAUUUUUAGAGGAUGAAUAUUUAUGACUACCUUUUUUUUAAUAGGUCAGUUUUUCCCAGUACACAAAUAUUGUUAUAUUUGGAGUACCUCAAAUGGUAAGUUUCUGUUAUUGAAUCAUAAAAUUAUCUAGAAUGUUGGUAUAUAGAAAUCAAGUAGAACCUUUUUAAUGAAUAGGUAGGACAGAAUCCUUGUUUUAUGUUUGGGGGGGUGGGGAGUAGAAACAGCUUAUUAGAAAAGCUAACCAAUAAACUGAAACUGACACGGGGACAAAUAAAAGAGGACGUCUUCGCCCCAGUAUGGCUCCCCUUUAUCACAUACACAGCCCAACAAGACAACGACAAGAACCCGCCGACAGCAUACAAAUCAAUCUGGCUUCCUUGACCCAACAAGUUCUCCUCUCCUCACAAAGGCAAACAAAUCCCAUCACAGACAACCACUCCUUGGGCCCCCAGCCUCUCACUACCAAGGAAACGUAACCAGCAAAUAGACACAAAACCCCACACGUACACUGCAAAAAAAAUAAAUGUCACCCCUCCUCUUCCCCCCUCUUCUUCCUGACCUUAUACUGUACUCAACACUAGUGUCCCAUAACAAAUGUAACUGAUCAGUAGAAAAGACUGUACAACUUGAAAAAGGAGACAAGGCAUGUCCUUUUGUAAAGCAUGAAAAUCUUUAAUAAUAAAAAUUUAAAAAGGGGUAGAAACUGCUGCUAAAAUGUGAAACUCUCCAGACGUUUCCCCACAACCAUUCAAGUGCAUAGAGCCUUCCUUCCUCUACAGAGUGCUUAUCGCAGGCUACGUCUGCUGUGUCUUCUGCUCAUUUGCUAUCAACAUUUCUGUACAGCCAGUGUCUUAUUCCACACUCAGCAAACCUCUUUUAAUUCUUGCAUCCCUCUUCCAGCCCACUGAAGUCUUCCAAGGUGAUUCUAAGGUUCUGCCGAAGUCUUCUGACAUUUAGUCCUCACUUGAUUUUAUAAUUCCAUACAUUGUUUGACAUGCAUGUUCCACAGUAGGUCGUCCCUUGCCUAACUUCGAAAUGAAUUGGCAGUUCCUGGAUGUUCUCUGUCAAGCACUGGAAAGCUAAUGUUUUAUAUACCCAGUUAGUUAUUCGUGUACAUAUCCUAGUGGUGAACACCAUGUCCUCCCCACCGUCUGAAGGGGUUUUGUGUGGUUUUGUUCCUUCACAGAUGCUGCAGCUAGAGGAGAAGCUUGGUGAAGAGCUGGCGUCAGAUGCCAGGGUCAUUGCCUGCCGCUUUCCUUUCCCCCACUGGAGACCAAAGCACAGCUUUGGAGAGGGCAUUGAUGCUGUGUGGGCAUAUGAUUCAGAAUCCUUUGGAAUGAAAGAAGAAAAUGAUUUGAUUAAGACUAAGUGCAUUCUUUCUAAUUAG